AUGUCUCAAGCUGGAAAAGAUGGUACUUUCCAUCCCGUUCCUGAGGCUCAAGCCCAGAACCUCCCUGGAACAGAAAAGUCCAUGAACCCUACCAGCGAAUCUACAAAGCUAGAAGGCAAGAAUGAGUUCCACGAGUACCGCGCCGCCAACAAGCUCGAAAACGCCAAGGCUUUCAUCACCGGCGGAGACUCUGGCAUUGGCCGCGCAGUCGCUGUUCUUUUCGCUCGCGAAGGCGCAGACGUAACAAUCGUUUACCUCCCAGAAGAACAAGGAGACGCAGAAGAGACAAAGAAGAUGGUCGAGAAGGAAGGCCGCAAGUGUGUCUUGUUUCCCGGCAACCUCAUGGACAAUGAGACCUGCAAAAACGCUGUUCAGAAGCAUGUCGACGAGUUUGGAAGGAUUGAUGUGCUGGUCAACAAUGCUGCUAAGCAGAUCAUGUGUGAGGAUUUCAAGGAUAUUGAUUUGGAGAAUGUGGAGAGUACUUUCCGAAGCAACAUUCUUCAGAUCUUUGCUAUAACAAAAUAUGCGCUUCAUCAUAUGGAGAAGGGUGCCUCCAUCAUCAACUCAACUUCGGUCGUUGCAUUCCGCGGCACCGCUUCCAUGGUCGAUUACGCUUCUACAAAGGGUGCCAUCGUGGCUUUCACUCGAUCUCUAUCUAAGCAGCUCGUCAAGAAGGGUAUCAGGGUCAAUGCCGUUGCGCCAGGACCAGUGCAUACACCUCUGCAGCCAGCGUCUCGACCGGCGGAUCAGAUGGAGGGAUUCGGAAAGCAGUCUCAGUUGGGCCGUGUCGGACAACCUAGUGAGAUCGCGACGAGUUUUGUGUUCUUGGCUUCCAAGGAUGCUACGUUGUUCCAUGGCCAGAUCCUUCACGCGUACCCUCUUGGAGAUUAG